AUGAAAUUGAAGCUAUAUUUCUCCAUUUUCAAAAUAAUUGCCCUAAAAAAUAUGUUCCAUAUUUCUCAAGACAUAACAGCUGUAUCUACCAAGCGAAACAAAACUGGUGAUAAAAUAUCAAUCCAAAAUGAGCAUGUGAUACAAGAAAAUAAACAUGAUAAUCUGUUUUUCGACAGAUAUCCACAUACUUCAAUAGAAAAAAAAAGUUAUCAAUCACUUUUACAAUUACGCACACGAAAUGGAAUUCGAAGAGAAGAUGAAGAAGAAGAAGAGGAAGAGGAGCAUGGACAUGUACACGAAAAUGGACAUGAAAAUGGGCAUGAAAAUGGACAUGAAAAUGAGCAUGAAAAUGAGCAUGAAAAUGAGAAAAACAAUCAUGGGGGUGAAGAAGAAGACAAUGAUUCGUCGAGUUAUUCCAAUUCUUCAGGAUCACAAGACACCCAUAAUAGUCAUAAUGAAAACCAAAAUAUAACUAAUAGUAAAAAAGAACAUAAUAAAAAUUUCCAUUUUUUACGGAACCUUCAUGCACACAAUCACAAUGGAAAUAACGAUUCACAUGAAAACACAGAAGACAAUAAUUACGUGAAUAAACACCAUAGGAAGAAGAAGCAUAAUCAUGAUAAAAAAACCGCACAAGGUACAAUGUCGAAUGGUUUGGGAAUUAACGGUGCAAACACUGUUAGUAUGAAUAAUAAUAGGAACGGAAAUAACCUUAAAGUAAAUCAAGUGAACGUCCCAAAUAAUAUGAACAGCAGUAACAACAUGAGUGCAAACAACAUGGGUGCAAACAACGUGGGCGCAAUUAACGCGAGUGGUAAUAACAAUGUGAAUGGAAAUUACAAUGCGAACGCGAAUAAUAACAUAAACGAGAAUAACAAUGCGAAGGGAAAUGUUAAUAUGAAGGAAAAUAACUUAAAUGGUAACAUCUCCAACGGAGGCAAUAAUAACUUGAAUGUAGCUAAGGGUGCCGUUCUCGGGGUUGCUGCUGCGCCAGUAACUGCAUUCAAUGACAAUAACGCGAAUGCCAACCAAAGCGUAAAUGCUAACCAAAACGUAAAUGCUAAUCAAAGCGUAAAUGCUAGCCAAAACGUAAAUGCUAGCCAAAAUGUAAAUGCUAAUCAAAGCGUAAAUGCUAAUCAAAGCAUAAAUGCUAAUCAAACCUUAAAUGCUAAUCAAACCUUAAAUACCAAUCAAAGUACAAGUUCUAAUCAAAGCACAGGAUCUGGUGCUGCCAUGGCUAUUCCCCCUGUAGAAGAAAAGGCGGAACAAAUGUUUUCAAAAUUAAUCGAUAAUAAUGAUAAAUUUAACACAAGCGAAAUGAUAUGCAGUUCGAUAAAUUGCUCUCCCUUAACAAACGACAGUAAUGUGAAGGUACCACUAACAGAUUGCACAAAUUUAACGUAUUGUGGUGGGUGUACCAUUUUAGGAACUUCAAAAGAUCAAUGCAACAGCAUGAAAACUUUCAAUACAGAAAAUAUUUUUAUAUCAUCAGGUUUUAAUACCCCCUUAAAUUUGAAUAACCAGAACAACGUAGCAACUAUGUCCUUUCUCUGGGAUAAGGCGAAGUUCGACUUCUCCAAAUGUGUACCUGACAUAAAUAAGUUCAAAAUGGCAUCCAAGGCAUUACCAAACACGGAUACAUCUGGUGCAUAUAAGCAUUUGUUCAGGAUGGCUAACUUGUAUGUAUAUGGAACGAAAAUUAUAGAGGACAACAAUGCUAGUGGGCUUAAUAUAUCUGUUAGAAUAAACAAUGUCAAUAAUAAUUCAUUGAAUCCAAAUGAGCAGUUACCAAAUGGGAACAAUCCCUCUAUAGUGUGCCCUUUGAAUGUAGCUAAUUUAAAAAUGCUUAGUAUUCACCAGGCUCAAUCAUUUUCCUUUUAUCAACGCCUGUUUAUCCCUGAAAGCAACAAUCUAAUAGACAGUGGAAAUAUAAUCAUCGAUAUAACUAGUGACCAGGGUUACAAUAUGGCAAACUACUUUUUUUAUGCAAAAAUUGAUUGCCCUAGAACGAAUCCCGUUAUAGAAAAUGCACUUAAAGAAUCAGUGCUACCACAAAUGAAUUCAGCACAGAAUGUUGGAAAUAAUCAGCAACUAAUAGAAAGUAACAAUAAUGGUGUACAAAAUAAUAACACAGAUCAGACCAAACCAUCAAUAAAUUUGCAGACUCUUAAAAGUAGUAGUUCUAGAGGCGAUUAUAAACGCAGGAGUAGUACAUGUAAAAGUGCAUUGAGCGUUUUUUUCUUUUUACUACCUAUAUUUCUAUGCAUACUCAUAGGAAAUUAA